AUGGCCCAGUCACUCCACUUGUCUUCCUUUUAUCCCACUCAUCAGGCGCAGUCUGAAUCCAAUCCAGUCCGGGCCGAUCGCCAUGGCAACCGCCACCGCUCCUGCAUAUAUACCUACCACUGCACAUGCUGCCAGGCCCAGCUUCACAAGCUAGGUGUGUCAGCCCAAAACCACCAACCAGCCCGAGCUUUUCUUUGCUGCCUGCCGCGGCGCGUCGCGACCCGGGCCGACAAGAUAGGGUCGGAAAGCCCCGCCGCCGACGGCGUCGGCGACGCCGCGCGCAAGCGGCCCAGCGGCGAUGUUGGCCCCACCCCGGGGCCAGCCGACAAGCGCCGCCGCCCGGAGCACCCUUCUUCCUCCUCCGCGGGCUCCCGCGACCGCCACCACCACCACCACGGCCGCCGCCCGCCGUCCUCGGCCGACGAGAAGGUGCGCGCCUCUCACAUCCUGAUCAAGCACGAGGGCUCCCGCCGCAAGGCCUCGUGGCGGGAUCCCGAAGGCGUCGCCAUCUCCGCCACGACACGCGACGACGCGGCCGACCUCGCGCGCGCGCUCCGCGACCAGAUCGUCUCCGGUGACCGCGAGUUCGAGGACGUCGCUGCCGAGAACUCCGACUGCAGCUCGGCCAAGCGCGGCGGUGACCUCGGUUCAUUUGGGAGGGGUAAGAUGCAGAAGCCUUUUGAGAAGGCCGCGUUUGCUCUGAAGGUCGGGGAGAUCAGCGACGUGGUUGAUACAGAGAGCGGGGUGCACAUCAUCAAGAGGACUGGCUGACUGCACCUGCUGCAGUAUCCAUACACGGUGGAUGCCUUGGAGAGGCUGUAUGGUUUCUUGCUUCAUUGGUGAAUUUGUGCGUGUUUUUUCUUCUUCUCUUAGACGGUUGUUUGGAUGCUCAUCUCUUCACCUCAACGCACAUGGUUGAGUGGUUUGAAUCCAAACCAAACUACUCCAACCUAUAUGGAUUGAAUUGAAAUAUAUACACGCGCAUCCAAACAAUCCCUAUGCCCUUAGGAAAUGGGAUGUUUGACUUCCUUUUGUAAACUUCGCUGGAGACCUGUGGUUUGGAACUAUGCUCACGGCUACGAUGGGAUCAGAUUAUUUUGGGUAUUUAUGACACGAGUAUAUGUCGAUUGUUUUUAUGUCA